AAAUUGAUUUUAAUCCUGACAUGUUCAAAGCACAACUACUUCAGAAGGUCUUCCCAAGUUAAUCUGCUUGUCACACGAAAACAUCUUCGUUCAAACCGUCACGUUCCUGGAGUUACUAGGCCAACCAGAAAAGGUGAUUUCAUUCUUCCCGAUAUCCUGGUUCUUACAGAUGAUCCUCGUCUGUGUCACUCUCGAAAGACCGGUUACCAGAAUAAUUCCAACAACGUUCACAGAAAGAAACGCAUGUAAAAUCAUACACGAUUUCAGCAUAAAGCAUGCUAUUCUAGGCACAGAUUAUGCGAUGAAGAUGGCUAACAGUCCAGCUGUCAAGGAUUACAACCUGAACUGUCUCAGAGUCGUAAUGAUAGGGACGGUGAACACAAUGAAGCAUGACGUACAGACAUUAAGACAACUUAUGCCCCACGUAAAGUUCCUUCAGUGCUACUGCCUUACAGAAACCGGUUGCAUAGCUGCUACUAGGGCCGAUAGCUACAGUAAGAGCAUAAUAAAGCCUCAGACUGCUAUUGGUCCUCUUACCAUGAACUGUCGGAUCAGGAUCGUUGAUCCAGAAACUAGAAAAGGGGUGGGGCAAAACUGUUAUGGAGAGUUAUUGUAUACUGGAGAUGGAUUCAUGUUAGGGUAUUUGAAGCAACCUGAUAGGACCAAAGAGUGCAUGGAGAAAGGUUUCUUCAAGACAGGUGAUCUCGGUAUGGUCGACGAGGAUGGUUGGUUAUACGUAAAAGGCAGGAUAGACGAUUUAAUCAUAAUCGACGAUUUCAAGUUCUGCCCCUUAGAUCUUGAAGAGGUUAUCGUGACACAUCCUGCCGUCAAGGAAGCAGUCGUCAUCGGAAAUGAUAAAGAGAUCAUUGCACUUGUCAAGAAACUCAAUAAGGAUGUUUAUUUGUCAACUAAUAAGUUACAAUUGUUUGUUCGUACAGCCUGUUUGAUGACAAUCAGCAAACUGACAGUCGGUGACAAGUCAUGACCUAGUUUACGCAGUUAGCUGUCACUGAUACAUCCCUGACUGUAUUAAUUGCAUACAUGAGAACAUUACGAGUUGGCUGAGGGAGAUUCAUAGCAGACAGAUGUCCUGAACGUCAGAGGCCAACAAAGAUCAUUUACAUGGAGCACUUUCCUAGGACGUCGAUUGGAAACGUUCUGAAACGAAUACUGAGAAGGGAUUUAUUAGAGGUGGAAAUCCAAUAUACUGGUAGCGUAGCAAGCGUAUCCGUCAAAGAAUGACGAGAUAUCACCCCAUCAAAACGCUUCUCUGAGUCCUCUGACUCACAGGAUGUACCAUUGUCUCCUCCCAAUAGUACUGAUGAAAUCGUUAGUGAAGAACACCCUUUUAUAGCAUUGGUAGAAAGUGAUUCUGAAGACAUGGGUGUGAGCUUGGCCACAAAUAUGUUGACUAACCCGUUCACUGACCCAAUGGUGUAGUACUGUAGAAUUACUCAAGUGGAAUCUCAAGAGGGAAAACCUUAAUCCAGCAUUGAUUACAAUUUUUUUCACGUGGCUUCAAUACUGUGAGCAUUCAUUUUUGUAGGAUUUUUAUUGAACUGAACAGUUAAAUGGUGUGCAGCACCAAAAAGCUCAUCAGAACUCUUUCAAAUAAUUUCCCAGAUUUUUUCUUACUAGCGUGUCAUUUGUUUUUGUUAUCCUUCACUUGAUUCUAUUACAGUAAGUAGCUCUUGAAUAGAUACUUAAAUAUGAA